CCCGCCGGGCCGGGCCCCGCCGGCCCCGGGCCCGCCCCGCCCGGCGCCGGGCUCGCCAAGGUGAUCGCGCGCGCGCCCGCCCGCACCAACGGCGCCAAGGACGCCGAGGGGCCGCCCGUCACCAUCUUCAUAGGCAACAUCACGUCUCGCGCGCCGGACACGAUGGUGCGCGCGCUGCUGGGCGCGUGCGGGCCGGUGCUGUCGUGGAAGCGCGUCUCCACGUUCGGGUUCUGCGAGUUCGCGAGCCCCGAGGCGGCGCUGCGCUGCGUGCGGCUGCUGCACGAGCGUCCGCUGGCCGACAAGAAGCUGGUGGCGCGCACCGACGGCAAGAUGCAGGCGCUCGUCGACACCUACAAGACCGAGCAGCGCUCGCGGCUGGGACAGGAGUCGGGAGGCGCGGCGGCGGCGGCGGCCGGCGACGGCGAGUACCUGGACGCCCGCCAGCGCGCGCUCGACGACGCCGCCGAGCGCCGCCUGCGGCAGCUCAUGGCCGACUACCAGGACGACAUCAACAACUACGAGCUGCUGCAGAAGGAGGAGGCGAUCUCGAAGACCGCCCGCGUGCUCGAGGAGGCGGACAUCUCGGAGGAGAAGCGCGACGUGAUCCACCGCGAGAUCGGCAAGUUUCGGGAGAGCAUGAAGGUAGGCCGUCCCGCCGGCACCCCUCCGCCACCCCGGUCCCAGUGGCCACUCACAACCGACUCAACUUCUACUGUUUACUGUCGCCAGAGGGCCGGCCGCACCCACACGAUUCCGCUAUACUCCGUUGUUCGAUGUAUCAUUGCGCCGCUAGAGCCGGCCGCCUGCGAGUACGACCGCGAGCUACCGUUUGAUGACGCGCGCCCGCCGCCGCCCGCCCCGGGCCCCCCCUGUACCUUUGUUUGCGACUACGGCUCUUAUUCUGCUACGUCGAUAACAUUUCUACGUUUUUUAUUCCGAGUCGCGGGGUGUCGGGUGUGCGGGGGCGGGGGCGGGCGGCGCGGGGGGCGCGGCCGCCACGUGACGCGCGCGUAUCGUUGGACGCAGGAGGAGGCCGAGGUCGUGGUGCGCCGCAAGCGGGAGCCCAAGGACGACAAGGACAAGGACGCCGCCAGGGACCGCGACCGCGAGCGAGACCGCGACCGCGACCGCGCCGACAGGGGCGACAGGGCCGACCGAGCCGACCGAGGCGACCGCGGCGACCGAGCCGACCGAGCCGACCGAGCCGACCGAGCCGACCGAGCCGACCGAGCCGACCGAGCCGACCGGCCCGACCGGCCUGACCGCGACCGCGCCGAAAGAGGUGACCGCGCCGAUCGCGUCGAUCGCGCCGAUCGGGACCGCGAUCGCGACAAGGACCGACGCAAGCGAAGCACAUCCAGGACAAAGGACCGGCGCGAUGAACGGGACAAGGAGCGUGAACGGGAACGUGAAGAGAGGGAGCGGGACAGAGAACGAGAACGCGAACGUGAGAAGGAAAGAGAAAGGGAGGCACGCGAACGAGAGAGGGAGCGCGAAAUACGCGAAAGGGAGAGAGAACGAGAACGAGAACGAGAUAGAGAGCGGGAGCGAGAGCGGGAGCGCGACCGCGAAAGAUCCCGCGAACGCGAGCGCGAACGUGAUCGCGAACGAGAGCGGUCCCGCGAGCGAUCCCGGGGGCGCAGCCGCAGCGAGGCCGACGCGCGCCGCGACAAGGAGCUGGAGGAGGAGGCGCGCGACAAGAAGCGGCUCGAGAAGAAGGCGCGGGAGAAGGAGGCCGCCUACCAGGAGAGAUUGCGUAAUUGGGAGGGUCGUGAGCGGCGGAAGGCCAAGGAGUACGAGAAGGAGAAGGAGCGCGAGCGAUGUCGCGAGGAGGAGCGCGAGAAGGAGGCCAAACGACUGAAGGAGUUCCUGGAGGACUACGAUGAUGAGCGUGACGAUCACAAGUUUUACAAGGGCAAGGAGCUGCAGCGGCGGCUGGGCGCGCGCGUGCGCGAGGCGUCGCAGGACGCGGGCGAGCGCGCGCGCGAGCAGGCCGAGCUGAGCGAGCUGCGGCGCGCCGUGUGGGGCGGGCGCGACGCGGGCGACGCGGCCGCGCGCGCCGCCUGGGCCGCCGCGCGCCGCCGCCACGACGCGCAGUACGCGCCGCGGCCGCUGCUCGACGCCAGCCUCGCGCCGCCCGCGCACAGCGGCGGCGAGAGCCCCACGGCGGGCGUGUCGCCCGGCGGGUCCACCACGCCGCCCGCGCCGCCCGACACGCCGCCGGGGCCGGCCGGGGGCGCCCCGCACGCGCCCCACGCGCCCCACGCGCCCCACGCGCCCCACGCGCCCCACGCGCCGCCCGCCGGCCACGCGCCCCGCACGCCGCGCUCCCCGCGCUCCCCGCGCAGCCCCGACGGGGGCGCCACGCCGCCGCGCCCGCCCGACCGCGCGCUCGCGCCCGCCAAAGACAGCGCGAGCGGCGGCGGCGGGACGACGUCCGGCGAGAACUCGCCCAUCACGAUCAGCUUCAAGAGCCGCCGCAGCCCGUCCGUGUCCGGCGACGCGGCCGGCCCGGCCCCGCCGGACGGCGCGCGGCGCCACGUGCGCGCCGUGCACGCGGCCUUCGCGGCCGACGACGACGACGGGCCGCCCCCCGCCCCCGCCGACCCGCGCCCCGGAAAGGAAAAGAAAGACAAAAGUAAAAAGGUCGACAGCGGCGAGAAGGAGAGCCGCAGUGCAGAGGAGAAGCGGAAACAUAUAAAGAGUCUCAUCGACAAAAUCCCCACGCAGAAGGAGCAGCUGUUCCAGUACAAGCUGGACACCUCGCAGAUCGACAACACGCUGAUGGAGAAGAAGAUCCGGCCGUGGAUCAACAAGAAGAUAAUCGAGUACAUCGGCGAGCCGGAGCCCACGCUGGUGGACUUCAUCUGCAGCAAAGUGGUGGCCGGCUCCGCCCCCCACCGCAUCCUGGACGACGUGCAGAUGGUGCUGGACGACGAGGCCGAGGUGUUCGUCGUCAAGAUGUGGCGCCUCCUCAUCUACGAGCUGGAGGCCAAGCGCGCGGGGCUCGCCAAGUGACGACACUAGUGCGGACACCUCUCACCGCUCUCGGGCGGGACACUUGCCGACGGAACAUUUCAGUUUUAUUUCAAGCUUUAAUUGCGCCGUUUAUUGUUUAAUUAAGUCUAUUAAAGAAAGUUUAAAUGUGCUCGCACGGGCGAUUCAAAUCUUCAAAUAUGUAUACAGAGUAAACAUUGAAUGGUAUGUAUAUAUCAUAAGGUACUGAUCAGUCGCUAAGUACUGGCGCCGCAAUGUGUCGGCGGCUGUUGUCGUACAGGUGUGCCGCACAGGUCCCGUGAGUGAGGUGCGGUGUGUGCGCCGCACACGGACUGGUCACUGGUCACGUGGCCACGACUGCGCCGCCGCUUAGUUUGACAUUUCUUUACUCCGUUUCGAUAGAACUUACAGAACAGGUACACUAAUAUUGAGAAAAAUCUAUCAGUUUUUCUCAAAAAAAAAUUCUCAGUUCUCAGAUAGACAAAUAUGUAUAUAGAUUAAUAUAAAUAAAGCUACAUAUAUUAAAUCAUAUUCACUUUCGAAAUUGUAUUUGAAAACACUCAUACUAACAAUAUUCAGUGAAAACUUCAGCCAAAAUGAACGAAUAACAUUGCACAAAAACUGUACGUCGAUGAUCGGAUAGUAAUAUACUAAAAGAGAUCGCUCAUAUAUUCAAUACAAAUGUGAAUAAUCGAAUAAAUAAUCGUAAUAUAUUCUUUAUAAAUAACAAUCAUAGUUAACGAUAUAAAAUACUUUGGAAUAAUUUGUAUUUAAUAAUUGAUUAAUAUCUUUAUUUAUAAAAACUUAUAAGUUAUUUUAUACAUCUUUACUUUAUUACAUUCAAUCUAAUUACAUUAUCAGUAAAUUUGCAAUGAUAUAAUGUAAUGACAAAAAAAUCGGAUCAUUCAAUAUAUUAAUAUAAAUGUUCAACACAUUUAUAUACUUUUUAAUCGUACUGCUAUCAGCAACGUUAGACAGUUAAUGGUCGGAUCAGUGACUUCUUUACCUUCGCUACAAGUUGUAUUGAAUCGGAGUAAACUCAGUCGGUGUCUAGUGAGUGGGUAGUUUCGUCGUUCUUUCUCAUUUAAUUUUUCUAAUAUUGUAAAUGUAAAACUAUUGUAAUGAUCAUCAUAUAUGGUCGCUUCUCAUGGCCGGCCGUGGUGAUGCGGCUGAGGCGACGACAAUCGUUUAAGACUGACAGAGACACAGUGAGUGUAGGCCGCGCCUGCGACGCAGCACUACCUCUGUAGACUAGUGCGGGCUCCCGGCCGGACUCGUGGCUGCAGCGAUACCCACCCUGCACGACACUUGUCCGUUGCACAAGCUCGUAUACUCUAUUAUUUUUAAACUCGGAGACUAGAAUCAUCAUUUGAAUUUGAAAUUUGAAGUUAAACUGUCAGGUGUAAAUGUCAAAAUUUCAAAUAAUAACGAUAUAAUAAAAAUUAGGAAGUUGGCACUAUAUUUUUUUGCACUAGUAUUUCCAUUACUGUCUUUAAAUUAAACUCACUUGAUUUCUAGGUACCUUAUAAAAAUCUCUCAAAAAGUAAAGCAACAUCGGUAAUGUGAAAUUUGUCUCCAAGAUAACCACCUCGCAGAGUCCGGUCGGCACCGUACCGCAUAUGAAGUUAUUUUUAUAUAAAUGUUCUUAUUUUCUAUCGGAGCUGAUCGUUCGUUGGCGACGCUGCCCACUGUAUUGUAUACAAAUGUAUAUUUUGAUAUGGUUGACAUGUUAAAGUUUAAAUUGUAAACAGGCUUUCUCAUUUGGCUUCGCGUACGUACAUCUAGUGCGUUAGUAGUUAAUACAAAUGAUUGUUAUAGCGUAUAAUAAAUUUAAAACUGUAAAAUAUUGUCAGCGUGGACCCCAGUCUCGCCUAUAACAGCCACUGAGCGUGCGUUCCGAGCUGUGUAUCGGUUGUAGAGUGUGUUAAGGCAGUGAAAUUACAGGAUAAGAGGUAUACAACGCUAUCCUCUGGAAUGGCAAUGCGUGAGAGGUACGACUAGCACCGCUACAUCACGGAACGUGCCGUGUGCAGUGAUAACGUGAUGUGUCGUGGUCAUGUUGACGGUUACCACCUACCAUUUGGGGGGCCGUCAGCUUGUUUGCCGUUCUAAUUAUACUAAAAAAAAGAAUGAAGUUGUGUUGGAGGCGUACUAGACAUCAUUCGUGUGUUUGAUGUAUCGGCCAGCCGACCAGGGACAAACAAACUAACACAAUGUGUCGGGCGUGUGUGUGUGUGUGUGAGUAAUGUAACGAUGGACGCGUGUGUGGUAUAUGUAUGAAUGUGUGAUGUAUGUAUGGUGAGAUGCGUGUGUAUAGAGUACUCUGUUACAUUUUAUUAUGUUAAGUUUAAUGAUACCUCUUAGCAUACAAUAAAUAAUAUGAUAUUCUCA